GCCCCGCGCGGGGCAGCGCUGAAUGGAGAAGGGGCGGGGGUGACCGAGGGGAACCUACUCUGCUAUCUGCAGCGCGCGCCGGCGGCGGGGCCAGGCCAACCGCCGAAUUUAGUAACAUCGCCUGCGUCAAUCACGCGCCUUGCGUGCGUCAGCGCGGAGCGGCUCCAGGUCCUGCUCCCCCCUCCAGCCUUUCAAUGGAUACAAUGUAGGAGCGCCCUCCUUCCUUCCAAGACUGGAUUGGGACCCGCGACAGUGCAGAAGCUCGGGUCUUCUAAGCUGGGUCAACUUUCGGAGCAUCCUCCCACGGUCUUCUCCACACUACCCUCUGUCUGAAGUAGAAGUGGAGGUGAAGAAACAUACAUGUGUUUUAUAUUUGUAUACAAAUUUGUUUUCAAGUUUCUGGUUCUAGGUCGACCCUUCUCCGAUUCUGAAACUUGUGCCUUCAGCAAUGGGAUCCUCCCCCAACUCCGCCCCUCCCAAGCACACACACACACACACACUCAAAGAUUAUAACAGGUCAAAGAAAUAAAGUGUAACAUCUGAUUCAAGCGGACUAGAUGGGGACCACGUCUGUAUUACUUCACUCAAAUAUUUUCGCCUCCUCAAAAAUUAAUUUCUGAAAGAAGUUGUUUUCACUCAGAAGCAACCUUUGGAAGUAGGAGAUACUUUAACUUCGGUGAAUUUUUGUUUUUGUUUUGAGCAAAAAAAAUCCACACUCAAAUUCAUCAUUUCCAGGAAGAAAUUGCUCUCCCUCACACAGUCGCCCAGGCUUUCAGCACACCAUUUCAUGACAAAUGUGUUUCAGGAGACCAGAGCAAAACCCCUAGCGAGGGACUGACUAAUAACUUCUGUUGAUUGAUUUCGAAAUGUUUAAUUUGGAAGAUAGGAGGGGGGACCCGUCUACAGCCAUCAAAAAGUGAAAGUGCGAGCUGUGAGUUCAAUUUCUAGUGGGGGGGGGAGGAUGGUUUGCAACAGUCAGACCUACUCAGCUGUUCAACACGUGUGUAUUUGUUUUAUACACAUUAAGUAGUUUCUGCUGCAGCGCGCGCGGGGGUGAUGGCUGUGCACUUCGUUGGGUUAUAAUGUGUCCAGUUAGGAAACCCACGCCGUAACCGUAAAUGUACACAAAUAAAACCUUAUCCCUGGAGUCCUCUUCAUCGCUAUGAGAAACUUGCACCCCGCAAAUGAUGGGAGGGGGAGGGGCGUCAACCUUGUCCCACAGGGCCGAAGAGACAUUAACAGUUUGAGAACCCUUGCACCAGGAAAGCGCAGCUGCACCUUCGGGAGUCUUCGGGCUGGUGCCUGACUUCUGCACCGUCUGCCAGGUCACUCAGAGAAGCUGGCUGGCGGAGCCUUCCCUUUCGGAAGAGCUGCCCUCUCCCUUACCCCCUCGCCCUGGCUCCCUGCCUCGGGGCAGCCUCGGAGGAACGCCAGAAGCACUCCUCCAACUCUACUCCACCCGAGCCUGACAGCUGGGCGGGCGGUCCCGCCUGACCCGCCGGCUGGCCGCUGCACCCUCCAGCAGACGCGCGCCGAAACCAGCAGCGCCGCCGCAAAGGGGUUGGCAGCGCGGGUCAGAAAAGCCCCCGGGCCAAGGCGGGCUGUGCCGCGCAGUUUCCAUUGUGCAGACGUGCGAAUGGCCGGGGAACGCGCGCGCGCGCGCACACGUAUUCACACACCCUCCCUCGCACACGCGGAACCGGCUGGGCCAGAGGGAGGAGGAGGGUGACGUAGCGUCCCAUGGCGUCACAUUGACGUCUCGCAUUCCAGGCACUCUAUGGAGAGGCCGCUAGGGCUCCUGUGGCAUAAAUGACGUGCCGAGAGAGCGAGCGAACGCGCAGCCGGGAGAGCGGAGUCUCCUGCCUCCCGCCCCCCACCCCUUCAGCUCCUGCUCCUCCUCCGCUCCCCAUACACAGACACGCUCACACCCGCUCCCUCACUCGCACACACAGACACACGCGCGCACACACGCUCAGCAAACACACUCCACUCUCUCCCGCGCGCUCACACCCCUCCAGCCCAGCGCCCUCGCCGGUGCAGCGCGGCGCCGUAGCCGGACGCCCCUCCCGGGCUCACUUUGCAACGCUGACAGCGCCGGCGGUGGCCGUGGAGGUGGGAACGGCGGCGGCAUCCUCCCCUUUGGUCGCAGCCAGAGACAGGACGCCCGCGGAACCCUUCGGCCGCGCUCUCCCAUGAGUCGGGAUCGCAGCAUCCCCCGCCAGCCUCUCACAGCCUCUGGGAGCCGCUGGGCUUAUACACGGCAGCUCUUCCCGGACAGCAGCUGCGACCCCCUGACCCCUCGUCAGUGCAGAUUUUGGGGUAGCUCUCUAGAAACUCGCUCUAAAGACGGAAUCGCCACAGCACUCAAGCAAGCCCGGGGGCGCAAGGGCGGCGGGGAAUGAAACUUACACGACCCUACCGGCCCGCACACCCCAAGGUAUUGGGGUUUUUCGUCUCCACGUUCCCACCCCUCGAGCUAGCCCACUGUGGAAGAGCACAGCCCGGUGAGCCCGGGCCCUGAGACUGCACCCUCAGCGGAACCGGGCAGCACCGCCGCCGCUUCGCCUCCCCGGACAUCCCCACCUCCUCCACCCUCAGCCUCUGCUGGAAAGACCCCCAGCACAACCAUUCAGCGCGCAAGAUACCCUCCAGGUAGGUCUUAUGCACGAUCCCUUUUUCCUCCUGGGCAGGGAGAGGUGGGUUGGGGAGCCAGACACCCCAACUUGCCCAGCUCUGAGGCGGUGACUGCACCACGCAUUUCACAGAACAGGUGGCUUCUUCCGACGAAGCUUCUCUGUAUACCACACCCUGUUGCUACCGAAUGGAACAGCCGACUAAAUUAAGCGUUGCGUUUCUCAAAAUUAUUUUUUUUCUGAGAAAAAAUAUAAAUACACUGAUAGAUUAGAGUCCUUUUUUAUACAUUUUACUGUUUUCACUUUUGUCAUCCUUUUAUAUCCAGUUUAUGUGUCGAAGAGUAUGGGGUCACUUAGAGCAACACAGAGCAUUUUCAUAAAACCAUAAUCAUUUGGGUGCAGGAGAAGUUUGGAUCAUUGAAGUUCAGAGGAAAAGAAAAAGGCAUUUAAACUGAAAACUAAGAACUAAAUUGAAGUUUGGCAGAAGAAAGAAUUGUAGGUUUGGUUUCCACAACCUCUUCACACAUUUACUAAAAGGCUACUAGGUGCCAGGCCUGUGUAGACACCAGAGAGACACAGACAAAUAGAACACAGCCCCAGCAAGUUCAUUUUCUAGCUGAAAACCUCAGAAAGACACAAAGAAGAGCAAUAGGCAGGGAUUGUCAGGAAGGAAUGACAAAAAAAGACUAACAGAGAAAUCCUAGAGGUGCCAAAGAAAGAGAGAAGGAAAAUAAAUGAAAGACCAGCCAGUAGACAUUUCAUCCUAACAACCGGACAGCAAGAUAAGUAAUCCUUUAACCCCAAAAUAGUGUCUCUUUAAGGCCCUGCUUUUAAGGCUUGAAUCGGCCUUUCCUCAUCACUGCUUCUUCCAACAGGCCCUCAUCACCUUUUUUCAAGUCAAGAUUUCAUCCCAUACACGUAUGACUCAAUCAGAUUUGGAAAUGUGGAUAUGCCCUGUGUGCAAGCCCAGUAUAGCCCUUCACCUCCAGGUUCCAGUUAUGCGGCGCAGACGUACGGCUCGGAGUACACCCCGGAGAUCAUGAACCCCGAUUACACCAAGCUGACCAUGGAUUUCGGCAGUACCGAGAUCACAGCCACUGCCACCACUUCCCUGCCCAGCUUCAGUACCUUCAUGGAGGGUUACUCGAGCAGCUACGAACUUAAGCCUUCCUGCCUGUACCAAAUGCAGCCAUCUGGGCCUCGGCCCUUGAUCAAGAUGGAGGAGGGCCGCGCCCACGGCUACCACCAUCACCACCACCACCACCAUCACCACCAUCAUCACCAGCAGCAGCAGCAACAACCCAUUCAUCCGUCCUCUGGCCCGGAGGACGAGGUGCUGCCCAGCACCUCCAUGUACUUCAAGCAGUCCCCGCCGUCCACCCCCAGCACUCCGAGCUUUCCCCCGCAGGCGGGAGCUGUGUGGGACGAAGCGCUGCCCUCGGCGCCAGGCUGCAUAGCGCCCGGCCCGCUGCUGGACCCGCCGAUGAAGGCGGUGCCCACGGUGGCUGGCGCGCGCUACCCGCUCUUCCACUUCAAACCCUCACCGCCGCACCCGCCCGCGCCCAGCCCUGCCGGCGGCCACCAUCUAGGCUACGACUCGACGGCCGCCGCCGCGCUCAGCCUGCCGCUGGGCGCCGCCGUCGCGGGCAGCCAGGCCGCCGCUCUCGAGGGCCACCCGUACGGGCUGCCGCUGGCCAAGAGGGCAGCCGCGCUAGCCUUCCCGCCGCUCGGCCUCACUGCCUCCGCCGCCUCGUCCAGCCUGCUGGGCGAAAGCCCCGGCCUACCGUCGCCGCCGAACAGGAGCUCGUCGUCGGGCGAGGGGACGUGCGCCGUGUGCGGGGACAACGCCGCCUGCCAGCACUAUGGUGUGCGCACCUGCGAGGGCUGCAAGGGCUUCUUCAAGAGAACGGUGCAGAAAAAUGCAAAAUAUGUUUGCCUGGCAAAUAAAAACUGUCCAGUAGACAAGAGACGUCGAAACCGAUGUCAGUACUGUCGAUUUCAGAAGUGUCUCAGUGUCGGAAUGGUUAAAGAAGUUGUCCGAACAGAUAGUCUAAAAGGGAGGAGAGGUCGGCUGCCUUCCAAACCAAAGAGCCCGUUACAGCAGGAACCUUCUCAGCCCUCUCCACCUUCUCCUCCGAUCUGUAUGAUGAAUGCCCUUGUCCGAGCUUUAACAGACUCAACACCCAGAGAUCUUGAUUAUUCCAGAUACUGUUCCACUGACCAGGCCGCUGCAGGCACAGAUGCUGAGCAUGUACAACAAUUCUACAACCUUCUGACAGCCUCCAUUGACGUAUCCAGAAGCUGGGCAGAAAAGAUUCCAGGAUUUACUGAUCUCCCCAAAGAAGAUCAGACGUUACUUAUAGAAUCAGCCUUUUUGGAGCUGUUUGUUCUUAGACUUUCCAUCAGGUCGAACACUGCUGAAGAUAAGUUUGUGUUCUGCAAUGGACUUGUCCUGCAUCGACUUCAGUGCCUUCGUGGAUUUGGGGAGUGGCUCGACUCCAUUAAAGACUUUUCUUUAAAUUUGCAGAGCCUGAACCUUGAUAUCCAAGCCUUAGCAUGCCUGUCAGCACUGAGCAUGGUCACGGAACGACAUGGGUUACAAGAACCAAAGAGAGUGGAGGAGCUAUGCAACAAGAUCACAAGCAGCUUAAAAGACCACCAGAGUAAGGGACAGGCUCUGGAGCCCACCGAACCCAAGGUCCUGCGUGCCCUGGUAGAACUGCGGAAAAUCUGCACCCUGGGCCUCCAGCGCAUCUUCUACCUGAAGCUGGAAGACCUGGUGUCUCCGCCUUCCAUCAUCGACAAGCUCUUCCUGGACACCCUGCCUUUCUGAGCGGGAGCCUCCUGAGCAGGGAGCUGCCUCAUCAGCUAGCACCUGCUUGCCAGGCAGCAAAGGGAUGAGUCUGGACACCUACCAUUUUCUGUCCUUCCUUAAGAGAAAAAGCAGCUCCUGCAGAAAACAAAGACUUUUUUUUUUUCCUUCUGGCACUUUUCCUUACAACAUAAAGCCAGAAAACUUGCAGAGUAUUGUGUUGGGGUUGUGUUUUAUAUUUAGGCUUUGGGAGGAGGGUGGGGGGUAUAGUUCAUGAGGGUUUUCUAAGAAAUUGCUAACAAAGCACUUUUGGAUGAUGCUCUCCCAGCAGGGGGAAAAAAAAGGAUAAUAUAACUGUUUUAAAACUCUUUCUGGGGAAUACAAUUAGAGUUGCUUUGUAUUUAAAAACAAGAACAGCCAAGGGUUGUUCGCCAGGGUAGGACGUGUCUUGAGACUGAUCCCUUUAGAAUAUGCUUCUGGUAUCAAGGGUACGUAUGUGGUACAAACAAGGCAGAAAUUCCCUUUUCUUAAUUUCUUCCUUCCUUUAUUUUAACAAACGGUGAAAAAUGAAGGAUGACCCAGAAGUCAGACAUAGCAAAAUGAUAAUGGCUGUUUGCUUCCAUAUACAAGUGCAAUUUUUAAAGUGCUGUCUUACUGCGUCUUGUUUAUUAACUCUCCUUUGUUUUAUAUGGAAAUAAAAAGGAGGCAGUCAUGUUAACAAAUGACACAUGCUAAUUUUUCUAGCAAAGGCUUUGUCCACCUGCCCUGUAGAACCCAUCUGAGGUAUGGUCCAUCCAAGACUUUUUGGCCAAUCUUGAUGGAACCAGAUCCCUGCCCUGACUGACCGGCUGUCCUGAAGGGGGCUCAAAUCAUAAAAUGGAUUGUACACAACUGUUUUGGUUGCAUUCUAUCAACCUUGCCAGAGUUCCCUAAACUUGGCUUUAGUUAUAGCAAUUGACUGACACAUCCAUUCAGAAGCCACAGGAACAUUAGAUGAGUCAGGCAAGUAUUUGAUCCCUUGAUGAGAACAUGCAAAUAAGUAGCAACUGGAUCAUACAGGGUAAACAUCAGGGAUAGUAAGGUUUAUAUAUAUAUAUAUAUAUAAUUUAAUUUUUGCUAUCAGCUAAAGAGACAAUUUGGAGAGCAAGCAAGUCUUACUAAAAAAAAAUAGUAUGAAUGUGAGUAUUAGAAAGGAUUAGUGGGCUUUGUUUCAACAUUCCGUGUUCGUACUCCCUUUUGUAUGUUUAUACUGUUAAUGCCAUAUUCUUAUGAGAUAAUUUGUUGCAUAGUGUCCUUAUUUGUAUAAACAUUUGUAUGCACGUUAUAUUGUAAUAGCUUUGCCUGUAUUUAUUGCAAGACCACCAGCUCUUGGAUGCUGAGUUACAGAGUACUUAAGUGGGGGUGUUCACAGUGACUUGGUACACCAAGUAGAAAAAUAAACAUAUAUAUAUAUACACACACAUAUAUAUAUAUAAAUAUAGCAGGUUACAUAUAUAUAUUUAUAAUGUGUCUUUUUAUUAACCAUUUGUACAAUAAAUGUCACUUCCCAUGCAGUUAUUUUAUGGCUCAUUUGCAGUGACUUUUAAGGCAGUACUGUUUAGCACUUUGAUAUUAAAAUUUUGCUUAUGUUUUGCUAAACUCAAAUAAUGUUUGAAGAUUUUUAGGUCUAAAAAUCUUUAUAUUAUAUACUCUGUAUCAAGUCAAAAUACCUUUGGUCGUUUUGCUAAGAAACUUUGAAUGUCAAACUGAUGUCACAGUAGUUUUUGUUAGCUUUAAAUCAUUUUUGCUUUAGUCUUUUUAAAGGAAAAAUAACAAAACUACGCUGUUUAUAUUACCAUUAAAUUAUACAAUCAAACAAAUGCCAAAUGAAUGAAUUGCCUAAUUGCAGCAAAGGAUAACCCAGAUAGCAAAUCAUAUAUGUGUUGUUUUUCAAGAGUCCAUUCUGAUAUUUGAUCACGUAUUAUGUUUGUGUGAGCUUUUAUGAAAGAGUGUUAUUUUUAUAUUAAGAUGAUAGGAUUUGGGAAUGUUCAGAUCUUGGAAUGUUAGUCUUGGAAGAGGCCUGACUUGUCAACUAGUCCAAAUGGCAAAUUCAUAGAGGAAAAAACGGGGGCCUAGCAAAAGGCAAGGACUUACCCAAGGUCAAGGCUAGGAACUCAUUCCCCUUUUACUGGCCUUUCUACUCAACUUACUGCAUUAUAGGAAAACAGGCUUUUAAACAUAACCAUUAAUAUUUACAUUAUACCUGAAGAUAACCACAAGUAAAGUAGUACUUUUGCAUUAAUUUUUUGAGCUUAUAUGAAAACAUCAGUAUUCAGUAUCAGGAAAGCUAAUAUUUCACACAAGGUAGCUUCAGACCAAAUUCAAAUUGAAUUUGAAUAAAUUAGAGACAUUGUGCAUACAUAACCCUCUUGUACACCAUUUGUAUUGGGAAAGUUAAUCCUUGUUUUUGUCGUGUUUGUAAAGGAAAAACAAAACAAAACAAAACCCCAGAGCCCUAGAGAAAUGCUGUUACUUUUUACUUUUACACUUACCAGAUUUAAGGAAAAGACAUUUUAGCCGCGGUAUCUAUUGGUUGAAAGGAGUGAAGAACUUUUUUUAGUUAGAGGUCAUACACUAGUGCUGAAAAUAAACAUUACAGCCAGCAUGCUUCCGUCUUCCAAAGUUAUUACGGGAGCCUACCAAGUCAUUUAUCAGUUCAACUCUUUUUUCUUAUUUUUGUCUUAAUGUUGACACACAAGUGUAAACAGAACGGAUGACCACACUAGCUCAGUAGAGGACAACAAGAAUUAAAGCAGGUGAUUCUUCUCCUUGCAGAAGAGCUCUCUCAGUGUGAACAUGCCUUCUGUGGGAGGAAAUCAGGAAUCCACCAGCUGCCAAUGGAGAGUGCCUUGCUUUUAUUUCAGACAGCAGAGGUUUCCAAAGUUUCUCUGUUCCUCUAACAGCAUUGCUUUUUAGUGUGUGUUAACCUGUGGUUUGAAAGAAAUGCUCUUGUACAUUAACAAUGUAAAUUUAAAUGAUUAAAUUAAAUGACAUUUUA